AUGCAGCUAAUCCCACCUUCUGAAUGCCAACAAUUCUUCAGAACAGGUUUGCAGGACUGGAUCCUCAGCAACCUAAGGAAUCAGCACCGUGCUCUAGAGUUUGGUGUAACCUGCUGGUCUCUGUGGAGGACCAGAAAUGAUCGAGUCUUUGAAGGCAAGAUCAUCACCCUUGAAGCCUUUCUACACCGAGUCCGGGCUUGGAUACCUAUAGUGAGGACAGCCCUGGAUAAGGACAAGCUAAUCCAUAAGCCGAGUCUGCCUGCUAGAACGGAGGAGAUGAUCUCAUGGAAGCCUCCUCCUCCUGAGUGGGUUUGCCUCAACCCUGACGGCUCCGUUAUUCAUGAUACAGGUCUUGCCGCUGCUGGCGGCCUGAUUCGAGAUCACACUGGGCGCUGUCUAACAGCGUUCGCUUUGAACCUGAGAGCCUGCACUAUUACCCAGGCUGAGUUGAGGGGCGUUGUGGAAAGGCUUCAGGUGGUUUGUGAGCGAGGAUAUAGACGUGUUCGUGUGCAACUUGACUCCAAGUGUGCUGUCCAUCUCAUUCGGCAGGCGCAUACAGGUGACCAUCACUGUGGUUCAAUCCUCGAUCGCUUUAGGGAUCUUAUGUCGAGACCCUGGGAGGUUACUAUUGAGCAUAUCUAUCGAGAGGGAAAUUGUUGUGCUGAUUAUCUUGCUAGUAGGGGCCAUGUUCUCCCCUUUGGUUUACAUGAGGUCGAGAAUUCGGAUCCGAUGUUGUCUUAUUGGAUUAUGUAUGAUUGUCAGGGGAUUUCCGAACCCUGGUUGGUUUUGAAUGAAAGGUAG